AUGGACGGGAUUGCACAGAGCAUCCAGGUUCCUCCUAACUUCGAUCCAUGGAACCAGAAUUUCACUCUUGCUGUACCAGAUGGCUACGGCGAAUGGUUAGCCGUGCCGGUGAACAUGAAGUCGCUCGAUGACUAUCGCAUCUACGGUUUUCGUCUCGCUAUCAGCUAUGGGACAGGUUUUGGUGUAUCACUCAUGCUCUUGGUCGUUCUCCUCCUUCUGACCAAGGCUGAGAAACGCAAGUCCUUAGUCUUCUUCCUCAACGCUGCCUGUCUGCUCACCAACACCAUCCGCUGCCUGCUGUUCUGCACUUGGGUCACCGGUAACUUCUACGACCCUUACACCGUCUUAUCUGGAAAUCGAAGUCGUUUGACCAGCGCAGACUUUGCCAGCUUCAUCACCAUCAACAUUUUCGGUGUUAUCGUUACUAUCCUCGUCUUCAUGUCACUCAGUCUCCAAGUCUGGAUCUUUUGCGUCACCACACCGCCUCUACAACGCAGCAUCAUCAUGGGUACAACCACUGUCAUGGCCUGCAUUGCGCUUGGAUUCAGGCUUGUUGCCGUCUAUCUGAGCACCAAAUUGACUCUGAAUGCUUUGGAUACCGACUCCAUCUUGGUCUUAAUUGCGGUCUCUUACAUCCUACAAGCUGUGUCCAUCUGGAUGUUCAGCUGCGUUUUUACGUACAAACUAGGCCACGCUAUCAUUCAGAGGCGUCGUCUCAAUAUGCCACAGUUUGGACCAAUGCAGAUCGUUUUCAUCAUGGGCUGCCAGACCAUGUUCGUACCAGCCAUCUUUGCGUCUCUUCAGUUCGCAAACAUUCUCCCUGAGAUCGUCUCCCAUGUUCUCACGAUGAUAUGCAUCUUCCUUCCAUUCUCCGCCAUCUGGGCUGGCGUCGUCAACGACCAGAAUCUUGCCACGAGAGGACCCGAUGCUCACCAACGGCUGAUCAGGAGCGACUUUCACGACAAAUCUGCACCCUCAACCCUCAGUGAAAGCUCCACUGUUUGCCAAAAGAGCCGUCAGAUGAGUUCAUGGUCGGACAUGAAGAGUAAGGAUCACGAGAGUCUUGUCACCACCCCAACCUCGCAUAUUCACAACAAAAGCAUCGACGAAAACUGCAUCCGAGUCGACCGUAAAUUCGGCUUCUCGCGUGAAGACGCCACCGACCAAGUCUAG